AUGUCUCGAUUGGUGUGGAUUGCCAUGGUGUCGUCGUGCGUUGCCAAGCCGCGAGAACUCUUUGAGAUCGGACCAGAGGACAAAGCAACUGGCCUUGAACCUUUCUAUGAAGGAAACAUGGCACCUUGGCAAACCAGCGAGCUCAGCUCGAGCCUUGGGGGGGCCGUGUGCGUGGGCUAUGUUAAGGAAGGUUCUGCCAACCACAAGCUGCUGCAGAAGCUUGGUGCGGUCACGGAAUCUGAUGCGGCGCUUUUUGAACUGCAGGUGCCCAUGGUCGCUGCUAAGGGCUGGCGAGAGGAAGAGACCUUGGAGAUCGUGCGGCGAAACUAUGCGGCGAAACUAUGGGACCUAAUCCAACAGCCUCCGCUUGACAGCGAGCCACUCGUUUUUCCUGGCACAGGCAAGUGGAAGGAGAAAGAUGUCCGCCAGUGGCUCUUGGAGAAGGCCUUCCCAACGAUCAAUUACAGAGUGUCAGGAUAUCAGGGGAAGAAGCAACCGUUUCCCUUUGACAAGUACUUUGGGUCCGCAAAUUCUGGAGGUGUUGGCUUGGUGAUGGUAAAAGUUAAAGACCUAGAUGAUUUUGGGCCCCAAUUCAGAGCCAUUCGAUACUUGCGGCGACAUGCGGAGAAGCUCUCCGGGCAAAUACGCUUUGCAAUCCUGGAGAAGUCGGAAUCGACACUGGAGAUGCGAAAGGCCCUGAAAGUCGGCCUGGACGAAUCAAUCGAAGCUGAGUUGGUCUUGUUUUCAAACCUGCAAGGUCUGGGUCGCAAAGUUGACAAUCACUAUCAUGGCAAUGACAAGAAGUACCGGCUUUUAAAUUUGACCGAACGAGCUGUGAAUGAGUUUUUUGAAGGCUAUUAUGCGGGCAGUUUGCCGACCUACUGGGCUUCUUUGGAUGAAGGCAAGUCGAAGAGAGAGGCUGGACAGCUCAAGAGUUGGGAUUUUGAAAGCAGCGUUUUCCGCGCAGAGAAGGGGCUUGGAGUCUUGGUGGCUUUCAUGAACGCUCCAGAGGACGGCUGUCAAAUGUGUAAGGAAGGCCGUGCAGUUUGGGACGCAGUUAUGCAUGAAUUGAAGCUUAACCGCAAGCUCCGAAAACAUUUCCAGCUCUACUGGUUGGACCAGUCCAGAGAUGAACAUCCUGAAAAGCUGGUGCCCGGGCGGCUAGCACAGCCCAUGGUGAUGUACUACCCGCCUGGAAACGAGCAAAAACGCAAAAAGAGAAAGAUGUUGCUUCACAAGAUGAGCGGCUCCUUCUACAAAGAUUCGAUCAUUGAGAUGCUCGAGGAUAUGAUGGAAGAUCAGGAAGAACAGGGUGGAGACCUUUAG